UCAGCUCUUGGAAGACUUGCAACUGAAUUGGUCAUUGCAGCUGCUCCAAGAGUCUGCUUCAGUCAUUUUGGUUUAUGAAAUAAGAUUUGAUGAAUUGGGAUGAAAUUGUAAAUCUCACAGGGGUUUUCCACCAGCACUUUGAAAGAAGCUGAGAUCAGGACUCCCAGUAUGCUUGUGCUGAAGGUCAUGGUUUCAUAGUGAAAGGACAAAGAGUGCAGAAAAAAAAUGUAGUUUAGAGGCAGGUGCACAGGAAGGCUCAGCAGUCAAGACCAUGUCCACGGUCACUCCAUGUGGGGCAUUGGAGGGGGCCAAGCCCAAUGCUGCCUCAUCACUUCUGUGCUCAAAACCUUGGAGGAUCAGCAAGAGAACCUUGUUCCUGGAAAGCUCUCGUGGAGGAGCAAAGCCCCAUGGAUGUCCAGCCUCCAAAACUGGAGAGAGCUGUUCAGGCAGAGCUCUGCAGGGAGCAGGGGCCAGCUCAGGCUGUAGGUGUCACCUUUGAAUAGGGGCAAACCACACUGCUCAGCUGACUGCUGCCUCCUUUGCUGCUGUGUGUGCACAGGUACAACUCUCAGAAGCACAAGGACACAGAGCAUCCUUUGAGUUAAAGAGGACUACUAUCACUUACUCUUGGCUUUUGUUAUGAGUGACAUUGUUUUCUAGGGUUGUAACUUCAUACAUAACUUGUUAAAAUCACAGAACACAUGGUCACUGCGAGAGCUUCCACCACCAGUUGCCUUGGCAUCUAGGAACUAGUCUGGAAAGGAGAAGUAACAGCUACAGCAGCAACGGAGGGAUCAGAGUGGGGGCACCCAGCUGUGUCCCUGUUUGCUGCAGUACAAGCACCCCUCUGGGAGCCACGCUCACCCAGCUGGGGCAGGAGGAGAUGGUGGGAAGGACAGCCCCAGUGACCAUGCUUUGGCUCUCAUGUCUGUGGCACAGGGUGAAAAUUCCUGCCAUGGUUCACUGCACAGACUUUUGGUCAUCACCACUGUGGGUGUUCUGAAGCCCUCGGCACAGGGAGUUUUGGUGUUACCAGCUGGGAGCUGCAAUGAUCCUGUGCAUGUUAAAUCAGCCAGCAGCAGCAGCAGCUAAUCCUUAUUAACUCCCAACACUGCCCAGGGAUCGAACUGUGUGAAAUGACAGAAGGCACACAUCAAACUAAAGGCUCAGGAUGCUGCUGCAAUCCCACCUGCCUUCAGGAGCAAUGGAGGGAUGUUGAGAGUUUGGUUCUGAACCCCUUUGGGAUAUCAGGUGGACACUGCCUCGGUGUCACAAAUGUUCAUCUACUGCCCUCUGGUAAAGUUAGGGACACUCCAACACUGAUGCUACUUAAGCCCCAGGAUGAGAUUGCAUCUUCCUUAACAGCUCUGGCUCUUGCAUCAUCACCUGGGAGGCAGAGCUGUGUGACCUGCAGAGAGGACAACACAGCCCUCCCACAGGGCUGCAGAUGGUGAACAACAGCAGCCUCGGGUCCCCAGAAUCCCUGGAGAGCUCUUCCCAUCACUGCUCUUGGGCAACAGCACGACUGUUUCCAGCACUGUCCUCAUUUCCAAUGAAGGCAGUUCCUGCCCUGCUCGCCUCUGUGUCCCACUCCUGCCUCCUUCCAUGCUAUUAGUACUGCUGGGAGGUUCAUGGCUAAACAGAACAAGGUGCUCGCUCCCUCAUGUGGGACUUCAGAUGUUCCUGCCACAAGCUGAGAGCUGUUUCUCAAGGGAAAAUGUGGAAGUAAUGUUGGACAGGCAAAGCUGAUUCAAACCCACUAAGGAUUUCCCAUUGCAACUCUGGAGACAGGCUUCUUCCCACAUACACAGGCCUGGACUGUGAAUUUGGUUGCGAUGGAGACCGUGUCCCUGGAGCACCAGAUCCAGAGCGUGCAGCGGCACAUCGCCUUCCUGAAGAAGGAGCAGAUGGAGCUGCUCCAUGACCUGCACCUGGAGAUCCUCCGCUUGCAGAAGCACUGCUCAGAGCUGACCCAUGACCUGGAAAUGAAAGAGCUGGAGGCCCGCCAGCAAGACGUCCUGGACCGCGAGCUGGAGGAGAAGUGCCGGGCGAUGGAGGCCCAGCUGCAGGAGAAGGAGAAGGACAACCUAGAGCUGCGCAAGGAGCUGCAGCACAAGGAGACGCUGGUGGCUGCGCUGCGCUCCAGCCUCCGCAGCAAGGAGCGCCGGUUCCUGGAGGAGCUGAAGCGCCGGAGCCACCGCGUCACCAUCCUCGACACCGAGCUGCAGAAGCAGACGGAGGCGGCCGCCUACCUCUCGCUGCAGCUGCACGCCACGGCCCAGCGGCUGCCGGGCCCGCGGGCGGGCGGGCGGCCGCCCCCCGAGCAGCCCCCGGCCGAGGCUCGGCCCCGGCGCCGCGGCCACAGGGCGCCCGCCCGGCGCCCGCCCGGGGACGGCGCCCGGCCCAGGGACCCCGCGCAGGAGGAGCACGACGCCAUGCCCGACCCGGCGCUGUUCCUGUACACGCCGCGGCCGCACGGCCCGCAGCGCCCGCCGCCGGAGCCCCCCGGGCAGCCCCGCGCCUCGGCCGGUGCCGCCGCGGCCUCCCGGGGCCAGCGGCCCCCCCGGCAGCCCCCGCAGGAGCCCAGGGCCCGGCCGGCCAAGGGCGAGCCCAGCAGGAGGCAGGGGUCCGGUGCCCACGGCGCCCCCCGGGCCCAGGAGUAGGCGGGGAGGGGACGGCGUGGCCCGAGCGGCCGGAAAGGCCUGAGCCCGGCGGCACCGGGGCGGGCGCCGGCCGAGGUUCUUUCCCCCAUCCCCUUGGCGGAGGGGACGGGGCAGCCGAAAGCGGAGCCGUGCACGCACCUCCCACCCGCCGGCAGCCAGGGAGGACCCCUCUGCCCGAAAGGUCUGAGCCAGGGAUGUUACCGGCAGUGCUGCGGGACAGGGGAGCACCCAGCACCCGGGCCGUGAAGGGGACACGUCCGAGUGCCUGUAUGGAGCUUGCAAGGAAAGAACAAAAGAAAGAAGAGGAAGCAUUUUUGAAAUGUGAUCUUCCUGCUGCUGCUGCUGCUGCUGCCCUCAGAGUGGGCACCGGGUUGCUUUCCCUGGCCCGGGGUGCUGGGAGUGGGCGUGCAGCAGCAACAGGCUGUGCAGCGCAGGGCUUGGCACCGCGGGGUGAGCCCAGCCCGGCCUCCAGCCCCGGCACCGGGCACUGGAGAGGGCCCAGGACACCACCAGGAAGGUUCUCCAGAACGCAGGCAGCUGAGCGAGGUUGAUCCUGUGGGUGACGGAGGGAUCCCCUUCCAGAAGGAUGGUGCUGCUGUGCUGGCCAGGCCCUAUUGCUCCCCUGUGCAGCGGUUUGGCUGUCUC